UUGGUGGCGUUGUCCCUUGUUGUCAUGACAGUGUCGUCCUUCUCCUUUUACUACCUCCUCCUAAAAGCGGCUGAAAACCUUCACAGUAAAAUGACCCUGGCGAUUAUCAAGGCACCUGUAAAGUUUUUUGAUUCGACCCCAGCUGGACGUAUCCUGAAUCGGUUCUCCAAGGAUAUUGGCUCUAUGGACGACGUAUUGCCACCGCUGUUUCUACAAGCCCUUAUAUUCUGCCUGUUCUCCCUGAUCGCCAUUUUGGUUCCCGCUGCAACAAACUACUGGCUCUUUCUGGCCCUUCUUCCAAUAAUUGGAAUAUUUGUUUACUUCGCCCGCUACUAUCUGAAGUCCUCCAGAGAGCUGAAGAGAAUUGAAGCCAUCACAUGCAGUCCUGUGUACUCACACGUCACUGAGACAGUAGAUGGACUGGAAGUAGUGCACACUUCAAAUAUGAGCAAGACGUUUGUGGACAGACUAAAAUGGUAUCAGGACAAGAACACACAAGCGUUUUUCAUGGUGAUGUCUUCUAAUCGUUGGUUGAGUAUACGCCUUGAUUUGCUGUCUACUGUGUUUGUCACGAUUGUUGCAGUGGCGGCCAUCUUGGUAUCGGAGAGUCCCGCUUUGGCCGGACUCGCCCUAACAUACGCACUGCAAACAUUAGACGGCACUCAAUAUGGUGUACGAUCAGCAUCAGAGGUGGAAACCUUGAUGACGUCCGUCGAACGUGUAAUGACGUAUACUGAUAUCGCUUCUGAGCCCGGUUACAGCACUGAGGAACGACCCCCAGAGUCCUGGCCUAAUGAAGGAAGCUUAACCAUAGAAGAUCUCUCUUUCAUUUACUUUGAAGGAGGACCUCGUGUCUUAAGGGACAUAAGCGUUCAUGUUUCUAGUAAAGAGAAGGUGGGAAUUGUGGGUCGCACCGGUGCUGGAAAGUCAUCUCUGGUAUCAGCGUUGUUUCGUAUGCCAGAUCCUCUGGGAAAGGUACGUUAAUCGUUAAGACGAGAAAUAAUCAAUAGCUCUAAAAAAAAAACUGCCAAAGAAAUACGUUUUUACAUUGUACAACUGUAUUGGGGGGCCUGAGCGUUUCUAUUGCAAGCUAUUAGAUAAGUGCGGGUAACCACUCCAACUAAUAAAUUGUCUACACCUAUCUGCGUGGCUUAGGUUUCAGUUCUGUUUCAAGUGAGCCUCAGAAAAGGCGACAAAAUUACAGACUGCUUAAAGCGGGAAGUCCCAUGCAAAACUCUUUUAGAUACAGACGCCUGCCUGCCUAACCCACAGAGCUUCUCCAAAUGUUCAGAAUUUAGAAGUAGCUUGUUUUUGUUUUCUUACAGUUUUUAAAUGCUUAACUAGUGAGCUCCACUCGGCGAUUUAAAGUCGUCAGACUUGUUUAUUCUCUGAAGCGUCUCACCUCACUAUUGUACACUUCUUCAGAGAGUUCUACAAACGUAAACCCCGAUAUGUACCUACUUAGGCCAUACCGGCGACUAAUUCAAGAAACACACACCUCAAAGAUUUGGCUGGAAUUACGAGUACGAGAGGGAACAACUGAAGCUGAAAAAUAUAGAGGCAAUACCUUUAAACGUUUCGGGACCUUUUUGGGGGCACGAUUUUAGCUAAAAUAUCUAAUUGGACG